AUGAGGUGGGACUCGGAAUACAAGUUAUUGACGGGAUGCCUCAGUGCGAAGAGUGCCAAUAAGAAUGGUUGUCGAAGACCAGAUGAUCCGGUGCUGCACAGCUCCACUAAGAUGAAUGGCCAGAAGGCAGGCAGGCUUGUCCUUUCAUCUCCUCCCGAAGAGGAAAACGCAAUGAAUCUGACAUCGAGCACGAUGGGGAAGUCAUCACAAUCAGCAAGCGAUAAAGUCGGUAAGCACGAAAAACGCGAAAAGGUCAGUGAAUUUCGAUCACCUAGGAGAAAUUUUCGUAAAGGGCCUCGUCCUGUGCCAAUAAUAUCCAUCAUUCGCUGGACACCGUGGGAGUACAGACUGUAG